AAAAUACUAAUAACUGCGUGUACUUUCCGACUGGCACUCGAACUGGAAGUAUUGUUUUCAUAAUAAUCUCCACAAGCUCGAACGUCGCAGUUCUGACAAUGUGUCCGCUAAGGCCCGACGGGUUACUCGUGCUCUUGUUAAUAGCAUCCUUCAACUCCGGACACCGUGUGUCCACUUCAAAUAAACUAGAUUUAACUUUAAACUUCACGGAAACAGCUACUGCAUACGGAUAUGCGUCUGAAGAGCACACAGUGGUCACUGAAGAUGGAUACUUGCUGAAGCUUUUUCGGAUAACGAAGGGUGCAAAAUGUACGGAGCGUCGGCGGCGCACGCCGGUGCUGCUGAUGCACGGGCUGCUGCUCAGCGCCGACUGCUGGCUGGACGCCGGCCCCGCCGGCCUCGCCUUCCUGCUCUCCGACUCCUGCUUCGACACCUGGGUCGGCAACGUCCGGGGCACUUACUACUCCCGCGAACACCUCCACCUCGACCCCGACAAAAGCGGCUUCUGGAAGUUCUCGGUCGAUGAGAUCGGACUUUACGAUAUCCCAGGAUUAAUCGACUACGUUUUAGAAAAUACCGGCGUGAAGCAGCUCAACUACAUCGGCUACUCUCAGGGAGCCGGCACCUUCUUCAUCAUGUGUUCAGAAAGGCCUGGGUAUUGUAAUACAGCCAAGUUAAUGAUCGCUUUAGCGCCUGCUACCAGACAGUUCAACACGAAAUCUGUAGUGUUCAGAACGGUACCGUUAAUCAUUCAGGACCAAAAACGUUUCCUGCAAUCACUCGGCAUUUGGGAAUUGUUCGCGAGAAGAUUGCCGACGUAUGAAUUUUUCAGUAAGUUGUGUCAAAACGAUCAAGCCUCCAGCUUCUGUGAGUGGGUUUUGGGUUUGAUAGACGCACCCCAUUCGCGGUCUAUCUCGAGGAACACUUUAAAAACUUUGUACAAACAUGUGUUAGCCGGUACCUCCACGCAGAACAUGGCUCGCUACGGCCAAAGUAUGCUGGAUCCGGCAUUUACUAAAUACAACUAUGGAAGGGAGAAAAACAGAAAAUUGUACGGAAGUGAUCGGCCCCCCGAGUAUGAUUUGAACGCUGUGAGUGUUCCGGUGGUGAUGAUUUACGGUAAAAACGAUGGGAUCGUUGACGUGAAGGAUGUGCAGUGGUUGAAGAGUAAGCUUCCGAACGUUAUAGAGUCGAUACCGGUGAAAGACAAUUCUUGGACUCACUUUGACAUGGCUUACAGUCAAAAUACGAAUGUUAUGAUAUUUCAAGAUAUCCGUAAAUUUUUAAUGCAAUAUGAUUGAGCACGGUCAGCUAUUACGAUGAAAAUACUAAAUGUGAUUAAUUUAAAGGCAAUAUUAUACUUAGUUACAUACAUGGUUAAGUACAAGUAUUAUUCUUACUAGUAAUUUAAAGGCAAAUGAAACUGUUAUUUUUAUAUUCCACAAUAUUUACCUGUUGUUAAUUUAUAUGUUUACUAAUUAGCAAGCCAUAUGGAUUGUGCCAUUGCCAAAUAAGUAGUAUGAUAAAAACAAAGACACUAAAUGUUGAUAGGUAUUUACUGGUAAAGGUUGAUAAACUGUCAAACUUUUAAGGACUGCGAUUUUGCAAAAAAAAAAAUAAAACGAUAUGA